AUGGGCUUACCCGUGGAAGGACCAUCGAUAGGCUGGCCAGAGACUGAACAGGCUGCACCAAAUGUUCAGAGAUGGGCGACUGAGCAAUUGCUUUGCCUUUGGCGUAAACAGCGAUAUCGUAGGGACAAUGUUCCUUCGUGGGGUGAUGAGAUUGAAUACAAUCUGGUUGAUCUGAACUCAAGCUCUGAACGGGCGACAUUGCUAUUAGAUCAGGAGAAGGUGAUUCGACAAUGGGAAGACAACCCGGCUAGCAAGGAAGAACCGGUUGUUCUUCAAUGGGAAUGGGCAAAGUAUGUGGUCGAGACCACUCCCGCCAAGCCAUACACGGAGAGCAUCGAGGAUCUCCUGAGUGUCCAGCAAAAUAUGAAGAGAAGACGACAAGUCAUCAAUCGUUCUCUUUCACCAAACCAGCACACAAUGUCACUGUCCUUCUUCCCCCGUGCUGGAGCGGAUGGUCAAUGGACAACUCCUCAAGGUCGAACCCAGACAAACCACUCAGUAUGCUCUAUUCCGCGGUAUAGAAUUCUCCCUGAGAAUGUCUUCGGCCGCAGACAGAGUCACAAGAAAACACUUUACCCAGUCUACCAAGACAUCGAGACACCGGAUAUCUUCUACGAUAUCUUACCCUCGGGAGAGAAAAUCAAAAAUCACCUCUGCUUGGAUGACCUCGAGGUCGGAAUUGGCUGCUGCAGUCUGCAAACAACCUUCCAAGCACCAAACGAAACAGAAGCCCGAUGGCUACACGACCAGCUCAUCCCUCUCGCACCGAUCUUCCUCGCUAUGACCGCCGCAGUCCCAAUCUGGAAGGGAUACCUGGUCGACACAGAUAUCAGGUGGCAGCGAUUCGGAGAUUUAGUAGACGACCGUCGACCAGAAGAGAUGGAAACCAUUCCCCCACGCUGGACCUGGAACCGCACUUACCUCUCCGAAGAAAAGCCCCCCGGCCUUGAGAACGACUCACCACUCCAACCGAUGAACCCGGCAAUUAAACAACGUCUGCUAGAUGGUGGCAUGGAUGACUCCCUAGCGACGCACUUUGCCUCCAUCCUCUCGCGCGACCCGCUCAUCCUAACAGAAGAAGACACGCACAGCCUCAACACGUCAAACACUAAGCUCUUUGAGCUCCUCCAGAGCUGUGUCUGGCAUGCUGUCCGCUUCAAGCUCCCAACCACGGACACUGGACCUGGGUGGUGUGUUGAGUUCCGAACAAUGGAGUCCCAGCUCACAGACAAGGCAAAUGCGGCAUUUGCUAUAUUUGCGUAUCUGCUCUCCAGAGCUAUUGUCACUAUGCAUUUGAAUUUCUAUAUCCCCAUUGACAAGGUGGGUGAGUCGAUGGAGUUUGCAAAGGAGCGGGAUGCGGUUCGUGGUAGGAAGAUGUGGUUCAAGAGGUCUGGGUGGUUGGUGGGUUCUCAUUCAGUUAGGGGAGUGAAGUCGAUGUGUAAGGAGAAGGUUCAUAAGCGGUUGAAUGGUGAGGGGGAGGAAUUUGCCCUCAUGUCUGCUGAUGAGAUCUUUAAUGGUGAAUCUGAGGAAAAUGGGUUCCCUGGGUUGGUUGCUAUUGUGCGCUAUUACUUGAAGCAAAGUAAGAUGGCGGCGGCGGAGCAGGAGAAGAUUGCUCCGUAUUUGGAGUUGAUUAGUGAAAGGGCAAGUGGUGAGAAUCCUACACCGGCGACUUGGAUGAGGGAUUUUGUUCGCUCGCAUGAGGAUUAUCGACAGGAUAGUUAUGUUGGUGAAAGGGUGUGCUAUGAUAUGAUGAGGGAGAUUGUGCGGAUGAAUGAAGAUGAAUGA